AUGAACACGUACAACAUGGUUAAACAAGAUUUUAUCAAGAAAUGGAUAAUUACUCUACACAUGUUAGAUUCUUUUGUUGGACAUCCCACGAACGUACACGAUAAGAAAGACAUGAUAAGGCUAUCAUCAGACAUAGCAAUUGCAGUUGCAAGAAGCGGCUCAACAUUAUGGAGCCGUGUUCUCAUCUCUAAGACCAGAAACAAGACAGUACCUGUGGCUCGUCGAAUACUCAAGAUAGCUCGAAAUCGGGUAAGGAGUCGUUGUACUACUAUUGGACGAAAUGCCAACUUUACUACGAAAAUCAGAGUGAGAAAAGGUACGGAGUUGCUCAAGAGGCUAGUACCGGGAGGCGAGUUAAUAGACGAAAAAGAUGAGUUGAUAAGAGAAACACUUGAUUAUAUUGUUUAUCUCCGAGCGCAAGUUGACGUUAUGCGAACCGUUGCAGCCGUCCAUCCAGUCACCAGAGACUUGAACGAAUGCCCAUAG